AUGUUGCAGGGAUCCUUUCCUAAAUUUUCACAACAAGAUAAUCCAGCGGCUUUCCAUUCCUCUAUGUAUGUACGAUCAGGUUUAAAAACUCUACCUCAUAAUGCAAAGAUGCAUUAUAAUUACGCCAAUUUUUUACGAGAUUCUUCUCAACAAGAGUUAGCUAAAUUCCAUUACUACAAAGCCAUAGAUCUUUGGCCAACUUAUGCCAGCGCACACAAUAAUUUAGGUACAUUAUUAAAUAAUAAGACAGAAGCAGAAGAACACUUCUUAUCAGCUAUAAAUUAUUCUUCAGAUCACAUUAAUGCCCAUUAUAAUUUGGGUCAGCUAUACAGGAAGUUGUCGAGACUGGAAGACUCAGAAGAAAUGUUAAAAAAGUGUAUUUCACUUGAACCUGCGUUUACCCCGGCUUACGUGGAAAUGACCAAACUAUUAGGAUCUGACCACGACGAUUUAUAUAAACUACUAAAGUCUGCGGUUGAACUUUCUCCAAAUGACCCAUUUUAUGGGACGCAAUUGGGCCAUUUACUUACUAGAAAAGGUAAUUAUCAACAAGCUAUUUACUAUUAUUGGAAAGCAUUAAGAGUAUCACCCAGCCACUACGAUGCAAUCAUUGGGACUGCAAAUGUUUUAAGGAAAUUUGGCCAAAAAUCAAGACUUUUUCAAUUACUUACAAGGUAA